AUGGCGCUUCAGACAGUUCUCGAUUUGCCGCUGACACGCGAGGCGACCUUCCAAGGCUCCCCAGCCGCUGACCCUCCGUCAUACGCGACCCAGCUUCUCCCAGGCAAAGACAACAAUUCCAGAAACUCUGUCCAGUUCGUGGGCAAUGCAACUUGUAUUCUGGAAAUCAAAGGAGUUCGUGUUAUGACCGAUCCCAACUUCCUCCACCAGGGAGAUCAUGUCCAUCUCGGACCCGGCGUCACUGCAAGGAGGAUGCAUGAUCCUGCCUUCAACUUGGAGGAAUGCCCUCCCGUCGACUUCAUAUUACUCUCCCACCUACACGAGGACUACUUCGACCUCGUGGUAGCCGAGAAGCUCAGGCGUUCGAUCCCCAUUAUCUCGACCCCUCACGCAACCUCCGGGCUGGCUAAUCAGGGAUAUACACACCUGAUAACCCUCGAUACCUGGAAAAGCGCGCUGAUCACCCACGAUGGCAUCAAGAAGUUCACGAUUACUAGCAUGCCUGGGAAACAUACGAUCGGCGUUUUCAAUGAGAUGGUCGAGGUCAUGGAUGCUAUUCCGCCCGUGAUGGGCAGUUUGAUCGAGCUGCUCGACGAGGACAACAAGGUCGAGUUCACUAUCUACAUCAGCGGGGACACUCUUUUCUGUGAAAAGUUGAAGGAUAUCCAUACAAAGCAUCCUCACAUUGACUUAUGUCUUCUGCAUCUGGGAGGCACGACUAUACCGGUCAUCAACGUGAUGGUGACCAUGGACGCCGUUCAGGGUAUCAACCUCCUGCAUGUCGUGAACCCUGAUACGACUAUUCCUGUUCACUUCGACGAUUAUGACGCGUUCCUAUCUCCUCUCGAAGACUUUAAGAAACUAGUUGAGAAGGAGGGCUGGUCUGACCGUGUGAUCUAUCUCGAUAGGGGUGAGACAUACCGCUUCUGA